CAACCAACAAUGGCCAAAGAAGUGAAGCUCUUCGGAAUAUGGGCGAGCCCUUUCAUCCGCAGAGUGGAAUUAUCACUCAAACUCAAAGGAAUACCCUACGAGUACAUCGAAGAAGACUUAUCAAACAAGAGCCCUUUACUUUUAAAUUACAACCUCACCCAUAAGAAAGUCCCUCUUUUAGUGCACAACGAAGAGCCGAUGGCCGAAUCAUUAGUCAUCUUCGAGUACCUCGAUGAGGCCUGGGAAAACAAUCCUCUUUUGCCUCAUGAUCCUUAUCAACGAACAAUGGCUCAUUUCUAUGCUAAAUUCAUCGAGGAAAAGCUUCUGCCAACAAUGGCCAAGCUUAGUCGUGGCAUAAGGAAGGAAAAAGAGCAGGCCAUGGAAGAAGUUCAACAGCUAAAAAUUCUUGAAGAUGAGCUUAAAGGGAAACAGUUCUUCUCAGGGCAGAGAAUUGGGUACGUGGACAUUGCUGCAAAUGUAUUAUUAUGGUUUCAUAUGAUGGGAGAAAUUACUGGGGAGAAAACCCUAACCACUGACAAGUUUCCAAUUAUUAAUGGAUGGAUUGAGAAGCCCUUGAAAAUGGAUGUUGUAAAUGAAUGCUUGAUCCCAAAAGAGAAACGUCAGGAUUGGAUUGAACUCAGCCGAAAAGUUGCUGGAUGUGCUUCAAAUGAUAUAAAUCUCAGGGACCAUGGCGAAAAUUAUUUGUUUUGAACU